AUGUCCCCUACAGCUAGUGGGUCGAGAGGUCAAGCUUUGGUAAAUGGCUUCAAUCUGGGACGCUACUGGCCAGUUGAAGGGCCACAGGUUACACUGUACGUCCCGAAACCUGAGCUGGUGGCGCCCCCAGGGACUAACUCCCUUAUUAUGCUGGAACUGGAAAUUGUCACGGGAAACUGGUUAUCUAACAUCCUGUAUGGUAAUGAUAGUGCCGCUCUUACCAAUGCUACAUUGCCAGAGAAAGGGAGUUACUCUGGGACUAUUGAGAGGAAAGACAGUUAUGAUAGUGUUGUUGAAGAUGAUAACGUGGAUGACAGUCCACUAAGAAAGGUCACAGGCGAUGACAGUCCAACUAAAGAGGCCACAGGUGGUGAAAGGCGCAAACAGGCCCCGAGGACAGUGAAAAGAAAGGACGGAGUCGAUGACGGACAUGAUAGGAAUGUCAAUAUUUCACACACAGAAGAUAGGAAUGUUGUACUCCGACACGUGUUCCAUGGCAAUGAUGGCCAAGGUCACGGAGGAGUGGGAGUACGUGAAGGGAGGCUGACUAAGCCUCAGCUUGAGCGGUGCCAGGACAAGGACUACGGUGACCAGCUGCCAGACACUAGUGUCAUCAUUUGCUUCUACAACGAGGCGUGGUCAACCCUCUUGCGGAGUGUGCACUCGGUCAAUAAUACAUCGCCGCCAGAACUUCGGGAGAUAAUUCUGGUCGAUGAUUUUUCUGAUUUAGAUGACUUGAAGAAACCUCUCGACGUGUAUAUGAGACGCUUUCCGAAAGUGAAGAUAAUUCGAAACAUAAAGAGAGAGGGUUUGAUCAGGUCUCGUCUCGCCGGAGUGGCCAUUGCUAGAGGACAAACGAUAACCUUCUUAGAUUCUCAUAUAGAAUGCACAAAAGGAUGGUUACCACCAUUGAUGGCCAGAAUCAAAGAUGACGCCAACAACGUUGUCAUCCCGACGAUUGGCAUAAUCCAUUGGACGUCCUUUUCGGUUGUUACACAAAAUAUUACCGACAUUCGCAUUGGUGGCUUUAACUGGGAUCUCACCUUCAGGUGGGACACUCCACUCAAAGAUGAUUUGAACAUGAGAACCUCACUGGUCGACCCUAUACCUUCUCCAACGAUGAUCGGAGGACUAUUUUGCAUAGAUCGGAACUUCUUUUACAACAUUGGCUCCUAUGACAAGGGAAUGGACUUAUGGGGUGGAGAAAACCUAGAUCUUUCAUUUAGGAUCUGGCGAUGCGGGGGUCGCCUGGAACAGGUGCCGUGCUCGGCGGUAGCUCACCUGUUUAGGCUGAGCAUGCCCUACAAAAAUACUGGUAAAAGUCGUGCGAAAAACAGGAAAAGAUUGGCCGAAAUAUGGCUUGAAGAAUAUGCUGUCUAUUAUCUGGAGAGACAGAAAUCGCAAAUUGAUGUAGGAGAUAUACGAGAGAGGUUGCAACUCAAGAAGAAACUUAAUUGUAAGAGUUUUGACUGGUAUAUGAAGAAUAUCUAUCCACGUGGUUUGAAUCCAAAGUAUGCCUCUAAAAAAGGAAUGGUAAGACAUAUUAUUUGA